AUGGAGCAGCAUACACUUCCUGAUGGACAGGUGAUAAACAUUGGGCGAGAGAGAUACUCUGUUGGUGAAGCUAUGUUUCAGCCAUAUAUAUUGGGACUCCAGGAGCAUGGAAUCGUUGAACAGCUUGUCCGGAUUAUCUCCACAGUAUCAUCUGAGAACCAUAGGCAACUCUUGGAGAACACUGUACUUUGUGGUGGUACAACCUCAACGACAUGUACUAAUAACUUUGUUACAAUCUCACGUUUUGAUAUUGCUUGGAGAAAAAAACUUAAAGAGGUUGUGGUGUAUUCGUCAUUGGCAGGAUUCGAAAGCAGGUUUCAGAAAGAGGCAAACUUGUGCUCAUCUGCUAUAAGGCCAAUGCUGGUGAAACCACCGGAAUAUAUGCCGGAGAACUUGGGAUUGUACUCGGCUUGGGUAGGAGGAGCAAUACUAGCCAAGGUGGUGUUUCGACAGAAUCAGCAUGUUACUAAAGCUAACUACGACGAGACUGGACCAUCCGUGGUUCACCGGAAAUGUUUCUGA